AAAGAUUAAAAAACAAGUACGCGAUUAGUAUCUACGGAAUCCCAACAAAACACGUUCUUUCAGCAUUUCUUCUCUCCCUUCUCACUCCCUCACACAAAUGAGAACUGCAGAGAUAGAGGCGCCACCAAAGAAGAUACUAACCAGCUAUGGCGAAAUAGAAGAAGAAGAGGUAUCUCCAAUAGAGGAAGUCCGUUUAACUGUACCAAACACCGACGACCCUACUCUUCCAGUAUGGACUUUCAGGAUGUGGUUUUUAGGCCUUUUCUCAUGUUGUCUUCUUGCUUUCCUGAACCAAUUCUUCGCUUAUCGUACAGAGCCGCUCGUCAUCACUCAAAUCACUGUCCAGGUGGCAACUCUCCCUAUCGGACGGUUCAUGGCCGCUGUACUACCUAAAACUAAGUUCCAAAUUCCUGGAUUCGGGUCUAGAGAGUUUUCUCUUAAUCCGGGACCGUUUAACGUGAAGGAGCAUGUGUUGAUUUCAAUAUUUGCUAAUGCCGGUAGUGCAUUUGGGAAUGGUUCGGCUUAUGCUGUUGGGAUUGUUAACAUUAUUAAGGCGUUUUAUAGAAGAAAUAUUUCGUUCGUAGCUGCUUGGAUUCUUAUAAUUACAACGCAGGUUUUGGGAUAUGGCUGGGCUGGACUCUUAAGAAAAUACGUGGUAGAGCCUGCACAUAUGUGGUGGCCAGCCACGCUUGUUCAGAUCUCCCUUUUCUCGACAUUGCAUGAAAAAGGAGAUCCCAGUAACGAGCAUCGUAUUUCUCGAGUGAAAUUCUUUUUAAUUGCACUAACGUGUAGCUUCAUUUGGUACUUAUUUCCUGGUUAUUUGUUCCAGACAUUACAAAGCCUUGCAUGGGUAUGCUGGGCUUUCCCAAAGUCAGUCACUGCCAAUCAAAUAGGGUCAGGCAUGAGAGGACUAGGAAUUGGAGCCUUGACACUAGACUGGUCAACAGUAGCUUCCUUCUUAUACAGCCCUCUCUUAAGUCCUUUCUUUGUCGUUGUAAAUGUUUUUGUUGGAUAUGUCUUGGUAAUGUAUGUGUUGACCCCAGUAUGUUACUGGGGGAUAAAUCUAUAUGAUGCCAAAACAUAUCCAUUGUUUUCUUCUCACUUGUUCACUAAACAAGGUGAAAGGUAUAACUUCACAGCAAUUAUUAAUGAAAAAUUCGAGUUGGAUUUGGCACAAUAUGACAAGCAAGGCAGAGUGCAUUUGAGUACCUUCUUUGCUACAACAUAUGGACUUGGAUUUGCCACUAUUGCAGCCACUCUCAGUCAUGUUGUCUUGUUCUAUGGAAGAGAAAUUUAUGGCCGAUAUAAAGAAUCUAAACAGGGGAAGCAGGACAUUCACACAAGAUUAAUGAAGCAGUACAAGGACAUACCUGCUUGGUGGUUUUAUCUGCUUCUUAUAGUGUCAAUGGUAGUCUCACUUUUACUGUGCAUUUUCAUGAAAAAGGAUGUGCAAAUGCCAUGGUGGGGACUUCUAUUUGGAGCUGCUCUUGCCUGGAUUUUCACACUUCCUGUUAGUAUUAUCACUGCCACCACAAAUCAGACCCCAGGCCUGAAUAUCAUCACUGAGUAUGUAAUGGGAAUAAUAUACCCUGGAAGGCCAAUAGCCAAUGUCUGCUUCAAAACCUAUGGAUACAUGAGCAUGGCUCAAGCAGUUUCAUUUCUUAGUGAUUUCAAGCUAGGCCAUUACAUGAAGAUCCCUCCAAGAUCCAUGUUUCUUGUGCAGUUCAUUGGAACGAUCAUAGCCGGUACAAUCAACCUGGGUGUGGCAUGGUGGCUUUUAACAAGUAUUGAUCACAUAUGUCAGGAUACUCUGCUUCCUUCAAAUAGUCCUUGGACUUGCCCAAGUGACCAAGUCUUCUUUGACGCAUCAGUCAUAUGGGGCUUAGUAGGACCUAGGAGGAUUUUCGGUUCUCUUGGAGAAUACCCUGCCCUUAACUGGUGCUUCUUGGGAGGAUUCUUAGGACCAGUUAUAGUAUGGGUUUUUCACAAGGCAUUUCCAAGCCAAUCUUGGAUACCUCUCAUCAAUCUUCCAGUACUUCUUGGAGCAACGGCUAUGAUGCCACCAGCAUCAUCAAUUAACUACACUUCUUGGAUUUUGAUAGGAACAAUCUUCAACUUCUUUAUUUUCAGGUAUAGGAAAGGCUGGUGGCAGAGGUAUAAUUAUGUUCUAUCAGCAGCUCUGGAUGCUGGAGUUGCAUUUAUGGCAGUUCUUAUUUACUUGACACUAGGCCUCGGAAAUGUUAAUAUCCACUGGUGGGGAGCCGAUCCUGACAUUGAUCCUGAGCAUUGCCCUUUGGCCUCUUGCCCAACUGCGAAGGGUAUAAAUAUUGAUGGAUGCCCAACUUUUUAGAAUGCUUAAUAUAUUUUUUUAAUUGUUGAAGAUUAAGUAGGUGUUUGUUUUUUUUUUUUUUUUUUUUUUUUUCUGAAUAUAAUUAAGUAGUUGUUUUAGUUGGGUUGGGCUGGGCAAUUGCAAAUAUAUGGGGUCUUCGGAUUUCUUCUGAUAAAAAAUAACUUGUUGCUUUUCAUA